AUGGCGGCAUGCCAGGGCCGCGGGCCCUCGAGUGGAGGCCAAAGGGACGUAGCCGAGACUCCCGAGCAGCUCGUGGCUCACUUGGAGAGCGUGUCCUCCGAGGAUGUUCGUGCACAGCUCACCGCUUUGCGGCGCAUCGCUGCGGUGAGAAACGAGGACUCUUGGGGCUGCCGCCGCAAAUGCAGCAGGUCUCCUUGUGUAGUUGCGGGGCUGUGGCUGGGGCCGGGGCUGGGGAAAGGGAAAGGGACGGGCGGCCCUCAGGACCCUGCCAGGUUGAGGCAGGAUGGGCGCUUGCAGAGAUGCCUGGGCAGACUUGAGAUACGAGACGUGGAUGCGCGAGGAUUUGCAGAUCUAGCCUGGUGGUGUGGCAGGUUGGCAGUGCAAGAUGGCCCGCUGGACUCGGUGAAUGCCGUAUGGUCGCUUGGAAAGCUCGGAUGCAAGGACGCGUUGCUGUUGCAUGCUCCAUCAGAACAGGUGCAAGGGAGCCUGAUGUCCAAGGCACUUCGAACACAUCCUGGGCCGCAGCGACUCCUUAGUGGCCUGACGGGGCUCUGGUGGCAGCCCUUGCAGAGCAGACAGCUGGGCCUUCCGCUACUGCAGAGCCUCUCCGCGGCGGCCGUCGCAAAGGUUUCCAAGUCUGAUCCGCAGGGCUUGGCAAACAUAGGGCAGCUCGAGCCGCAGAGCCCAGCCAACGUCGCAUGGUCCUGGGCCACGUCGCACAUUUACGGCCAGGCCUUGCUGAAUCUGAUCUGCUCCCGUGCCCUGGCCGUUCUCGAGGAGUUUCAGCCGCUGCCUUUGACCAACUUUGUUUGGUCGAUGGCAGGCCUCCAGACUGGCGGCGUUCCAUUUCCGAGCUCGGUCUCCGCGAGAGUGCGGAAAUUGGUACGGCAGCACAACCCACAGCAGGCUGCGAACAGCGCCUGGGCAUCUGGCAAGGCCGGCUACCAGGACGACCAGCUGCUGGACAUGACAAGGGAGCAGGCCGUUGGUAGUGGCAUGAACGGGCCCGACAGCCAAAAGCUGGCAAACAUGGCUUGGGCAUGGGCGACGCUUGUUCUGCGAAAGAUGGCCUCCUUCAACGCAGCUGCCGCGGCCUCAACCCGGCUCGUGCCGGAACCCAGGCCACAGCACUGCGCCAACAUGGCCUGGGCUUCCACACGUGCGGUGCUUCUUCCCGAGAGGUUGUCGGGUGCAACCGCAACGACCUUCUGCCAGACGGUCGGUGAGGCAACUGCGCAGGAGCUCUUCAACAUUGCUUGA